CAAAUAAUUUGAGCUAACAAAUCAAAAUGGGCGAAUGGAAAUCACCACUCUGGGGCUGUUUCGAUGAUAUCGGCGCAUGCUUGAUCACCUACUUCGUCCCUUGCUGGACAUUCGGUAAAGUUGCUGAAUCUGUCGGAGAGGAUUGCAUAAUCUACGGUAUUCUUGGUGUCGUUCCAAUUGUAUACGGUUACUUCAGGUUCUUAGUUAGACAAAAGGUAGCAAAGAAAGCUGGUAUUGACGAAAGUGCGCUUAUUUCCUGCUUAAUCUCCUUCUGUAUUCCCCUGUGUGGAAACCUGCAAGAACGAACCCAGCAAGGAGUAGAUGUUAUGCCCAGAACUUAAUUUGGAUAGAAUCAAGAGGUCUUCAGCAUCCUGUGUGGGAUGAAUUUCAUUCAGGGACAAGAAAUGGGACCUUGUAAACCUUAGAUUGAACUUCUUACGUUAUCUAACUAACUAGACAUUCUUCAGGCGUAAUCUUAUAAGUGUUAAGAUGAGAUUAGUAUAUUUUUGUCAUAGCGAGAAUUUGCGAUUUCAAAGUGUUUUGGUUUUUAAAUAUCGUAUAUAGGUUUUUUCUUAUAUAUGGCGUUAACUGUUAUAUGAUGUUAAAUUGUCGUGGUGUUUUCAAGGUAUGGUCAUGAGUAAACUUACAACAAAUUAAAUCUGUCUAUUGGUUCUAGUUUAUAUUUAAUUAAACUUUUCUAGAUAAUACCAUUUUUCAUGAUAAUGAUAAUCAGAUAGGCUUGUCCUGUUUUGAUUUGUUCGAUAUGUUGUAUUAAACUUUGCAACCUUACCAUAUACUAUUAUUCAAUGAAA